AUGUUCCGUCGUUGUGCAGUGAAGUUUAACCCGUACGAUGUUGUCGUGAUUGGCGGCGGUCCUGGCGGUUACGUGGCUGCCAUCAAAGCCGCGCAGCUUGGCAUGAAAACGGCGUGUGUCGAAAAGCGUGGUGCCCUCGGCGGUACCUGCCUGAAUGUUGGCUGCAUUCCCUCGAAGGCGCUUCUCUCCGCGACGCACAUGUACCACGAUGCCCACACCAGCUUCUCCAGGUACGGCCUUAUGGGUGGCGAGGGGAUCAUCAUGGACAUUGCAAAGAUGCAGGAGCAGAAGGAAAAGGCGGUGAAGGGGCUCACGGGGGGCGUGGAGUAUCUGCUCAAAAAGAACAAGGUGACUUACUACAAGGGCGAGGGCAGUUUUGAGACGGCGCACAGCAUCAGGGUAAAUGGUCUUGACGGGAAGCAGGAGGUGAUUGAGGCGAAAAAGACAAUUAUCGCCACCGGCAGCGAGCCAACGCAGUUGCCUUUCUUGCCGUUUGACGAAAAGGUGGUGCUUUCCUCCACGGGCGCCCUUGCGCUUUCGCGUGUUCCGAAGUCGAUGAUAGUAAUUGGCGGCGGUGUGAUUGGUCUCGAACUUGGCAGUGUGUGGGCACGACUGGGGGCGCAGGUGACGGUGGUUGAGUUUGAGCCCCGCUGCGCAUCGACGCUCGACAAGGAUGUCGCGAAGGCCCUUGUGGAAGCCCUCGCGAAGAAUGAGAAGAUUAAGUUUAUGACGAGCACAAAGGUGGUGAGCGGGACGAACAACGGCGAGAGCGUAACCCUCGAGGUGGAAAGCAAGGACGGUAAGCGCGAGACGCUCAACUGUGAGGCACUGCUAGUGUCUGUUGGCCGCCGCCCGUUUACGGCCGGCCUUGGCCUUGACAAAAUUAACGUUGCGACGAACCAGCGCGGCCACGUGAAGAUUAAUGACCACUUCGAGACCAACGUUGCGGACGUGUACGCCAUCGGCGACGUUGUCGACAAGGGUCCGAUGCUUGCACACAAGGCGGAGGAUGAGGGCAUUGCGUGCGUCGAGAACUUGGCAGGGAAGAAUGGCCACGUGAACUACGGCGUUAUUCCUGGCGUCAUCUACACGAUGCCGGAGGUGGCAUCCGUCGGCAAGACCGAAGAGGAACUUAAGAAUGAGGGCGUCGCUUACAAGGUUGGCAAGUUUCCAUUCAACGCGAACAGCCGCGCGAAGGCGGUGGCCAGCGAAGACGGAUUUGUGAAGGUCCUUGUUGACAAGACGACAGACCGCAUUCUCGGCGUGCACAUUGUCUGCACCACGGCUGGUGAACUUAUCGCGGAAGCGUGUCUGGCGAUGGAGUACGGUGCGAGCUCUGAGGACGUUGGCCGCACCUGCCACGCCCAUCCGACAAUGUCAGAGGCCUUGAAGGAGGCGUGCAUGGCAUGCUACGCGAAGAGUAUUAACUUUUAG